AUGGAUUCAACUUCUUCUUUCAUCGUCUCCCAAGAAGAGUUCAUUCUGUUCCACAGAAUUGACAGAGAACUCUAUAAGAUCCUUGUGAUCAAACUCUACCGAGAGCCAGUAGAAACCAUGCAACUCCUUGCCAUGUGGCUCUGGUUGGAGAGGGCUGGAUUUCGUAACGUGGUAAAGAAGAUUAUGUCUUUGCCAAACAUUUUGAUCAAUGAAGUUGCAGACGAAACGGUUACAUGCCUCAAUUGCAUAAACAAUGGCCUAACAUCUUCUUUCUCUUCGGAAGGAAGCGACAUACCCCUUCUGCAUAGCCUUAUGGAGAAGGAAAUCUCUCUCCAAUUUUUGUAUGAAAAGCGAGUUGAUGCAAUUCAAGGGGUGGCUAAAAUGAUGCAGGACGUGUGUGUCAGGGCACUCACUGACAUCAUGCAACAAGCUAUGGUCAGAAACUCAACUGAGAAAAUGAUGGAAGCACAAAAGGUGGUGACGCAAAGUUCAGAGAAACAUCUUUGGUUUGGUUCAAUUGGGCCAUCAUCUAACAUGAUGCAUGGCAACAAGGCUGAGUUAGCGGUGCAGGAUCUGAUAGCAGAUAGUGAAGUACCAGCGGAUGAUAGAACACUGUUUGUGACAUUCUCUAAGGGCUAUCGCGUGGAAGAAUGGGAAGUGAGAGAGUUUUUUACAGUGGGAUAUGGGGAUUGUGUAGAGGCUUUGUACAUGCAGGAAGUGCAGCCAAAUGAACAAGCCCUGUUUGCUCGCAUUGUUUUUCACAAAAUGUCUAUCAUUGACAUGAUACUGAGAGGGGCAACCAAAGCUAAAUUUACUAUCAAUGGAAAGCAUGUAUGGGCUCGAAAGUUUGUGCCAAAACGAACUGUUACAAAGAGUUUCCUUCCAACAUUUCCCAUCAUGCCUGGGGAAUCAUCCGGGUCUGGCUUAUAG